CUGCCAGCAAAUAUAAAGCAGGCAGAAAAUCGUGAAAAGGCUAAACCGGCUUAGCCUCCCAGACUACAUUUUUCUCAAGUGCUGGAUGCUUCCUGCUCUCGAACAUCAAACUCAAAGUUCUUCAGCUUUGGGAUUUGGACUGGCUUCCGUGCUUCUCAGUUUUCAGACGGCCUAUUGUGGGACCUUGUGAUCAUCUGCAGGCUGCAGUAAGAGCACAGCAGAAAUGCAGACAAAAGGGGGCCAGACAUGGGCAAGAAGCGCUCUGCUGCUCGGCAUCCUGUGGGCCAUGGCACACCUGCCUCUCCCGGGGGCCUCCCUGCCCCAACGUCUCCCAAGGGACACAGAAAAUAGCACCCAAUGUGUUAUUUCUCCAUCAUCAGAGUUUCCCGAAGGGUUUUUCACAAGACAAGAGCGCAGAGAUGGAGGCAUUAUCAUCUACUUCCUAAUUAUCGUUUACAUGUUCAUGGCCAUAUCUAUUGUCUGUGAUGAGUACUUCUUACCCUCCCUGGAAAUCAUCAGUGAAUCCCUUGGACUGUCUCAGGAUGUUGCAGGCGCAACUUUCAUGGCAGCGGGUAGUUCAGCUCCUGAAUUAGUUACUGCUUUCCUAGGUGUAUUUAUCACAAAGGGAGAUAUUGGCAUUAGCACCAUUCUUGGAUCUGCAAUUUAUAAUCUCCUUGGCAUCUGUGCAGCCUGUGGCUUGCUAUCUAAUAUGGUUUCAACACUAUCAUGUUGGCCCCUAUUCAGAGACUGUGCAGCAUACGCAAUUAGUGUAGCAGCAGUUCUUGGUAUAAUAUACGACAACCAAGUUUACUGGUAUGAAGGAACUUUACUGCUUUUGAUAUAUGGAUUAUAUGUUUUGGUGCUGUGUUUUGACAUUAAAAUUAACCAAUAUAUUAUAAAGAAAUGCAGUCCUUGCUGCACCUGUCUUGCCAAAGCGAUGGAGAGAAGUGAACAACAGCCACUGAUGGUAUGGGAAGAUGAAGGUCAACCAUUCAUUCGUCGGCAAUCAAGAACUGAUAGUGGAAUAUUUUAUGAAGACUCUGGCUACUCUCAGCUCUCUAUAAGUUUACAUGGUCUUAGUCAGGUUUCUGAAGAUCUACCAAGUGUUUUCAACAUGCCUGAAGCAGACUUAAAAAGAAUUUUCUGGGUAUUAUCCCUUCCUAUUAUCACAUUACUUUUUCUAACCACACCAGAUUGUAGAAGAAAGUUUUGGAAAAACUACUUUGUGAUAACCUUUUUCAUGUCUGCACUAUGGAUAUCUGCAUUUACAUACAUCCUGGUCUGGAUGGUCACAAUAACUGGGGAAACACUAGAAAUUCCAGAUACAGUAAUGGGCCUUACUUUAUUAGCAGCGGGAACAAGCAUACCAGACACAAUUGCAAGUGUGUUGGUUGCAAGAAAAGGGAAAGGAGAUAUGGCUAUGUCUAACAUCGUGGGAUCCAAUGUGUUUGAUAUGUUGUGCCUUGGUAUUCCAUGGUUUAUUAAAACUGCAUUUAUAAAUGGAUCAGCUCCUGUAGAAGUAAACAGCAGAGGACUAACUUAUACAACCAUCUCUCUCAACAUUUCAAUUAUUUUUCUUUUUUUAGCAGUUCACUUUAAUGACUGGAAACUAGACAGAAAGUUGGGAGUAGUCUGCCUAUUAUCAUACUUGGGACUUGCUACAUUAUCAGUUCUAUAUGAACUUGGAAUUAUUGGAAAUAACAAAAUAAGGGGCUGCAGAGAUUGAUAUUAUUCAUAGUGUUAUGCAGAAAAUGUGAAUGGCAGGGAGGGGCAGAGACAAAAAUCCAUUUCUUCAUUUAAAUGAAACUUUUAAAAUCCUGAACUUUAGAAUCUAAAACUUACAGUAAUUUAAAACCAACCAAAAUCACAUCCUAAUUUUUCUGAGACCUUUCUUUUCAUGAACAAAUACAUAUUAUGAAACAGAAGUUUUUGGGGGGAAAAAAAAUCUAUGUUUUACUGUACAAUAAGUUGAUAAAAACUGGAGAAACUAGAGCAAACAAAUCCCACUAUGUACUACUGAAAACAACAAGAAAAUGGCUUAUUUCAUUAAAAACAGUAUAACCAUUCAUUUAAACUGAAUGACCAGACUUGCUGUCUUUAAAAACCCAAACUUGAGAUAAACAAAAAUUACAGUAUAUUUUUAACAUUAUACUGUUAAAAGCUGGUGGGAGUUUUAAAAGUUCAUUUUUACAGCUUUUGUAAGCAUACAAUAUUACUUUAAAAAAUGACUUUUACUAGGAGAUUCAGCAAAACAGAUGUAGGAAUGUUCCAACCAUGGCUUGAACUUAUGCAUUACGAUCCAAGCGAACAUCAAUUUCUCUGCCACUGAUUUUUAUGCCAUUCAUUAUUCUGCAGGCCUUUUCAGCUGAUUCUGGGGAGUCAAAUCUGACUGUUCCACAGCCUUUUGACUUUCCAUUCUCCAUUUUUAUUUCUGCAAACAUUACAUGACCUGUAAAAUAAAAGUUACAGAAUUACUAGUCAGUUUAAA